UGAGCUGAUGUUCAUCUCUGCAGCUUCAUCACCAUGUCAGGAUCUUCUGAUUUACUGCAGAACUCUCAGAUCGCACAUCAUGGGCCAUCAGUUACUCUUCUAUCUAACCUGACUUGGUCUUGGUCAUGUGAUGUUACACUAAAUAAUGAACUGUGAACAGCUUUAAUUUUUACAUUUAUAUUUUUAUUUGUUGUUUUAUUUUGAUGUGGUUUGUUUGCAGCAGUGGACACAGUAUGUACAAUGGCUGAAGUCAUGUGCAGGAACUUUGUAGUUGAGGAGGAACCUGGGUUCAGCUCCUCUCAGUAAUAUAAAUUAAUAUCAUGUACUGUUACUGAAGUUUUAUUACAGGGGUGUUUUUUUUUUUUUACUAAAUCUUUACUUUUUUAAAAUAUAAUAAGAAGAAAUAAUAGUAUGCGUGCAUGAGUGUGUGCAAGUGUGUGUGUGAGAGAGAGUGUGUACUGCAUAGGAGAUAGGUGCUAGUGGCUAACAGAUUUAGAAGAUGAAGCCUUUAUUUUUGUCACAUCUCCAUUACUUUUUACUUCUUUGAGUACUGGAACUGAUGCUGUUUUGGCCUGUAUGCAUAUUUUACAGUGAAAAACGUAUUUAAGAAAUACUUGAUGGGAGUAAAAUGGUACAUGUCUUAUGGUUUUUUAAUAUAUUGAUUAUAUGAAGCCCCAUUAAAUGUAGAAUUUAUAUGUAAAUAUUUACAGUAAACAAUAUUUAUUAUUUUAUCAAUAAGAAAUAUUCUUCAUUCUUCACUGACAGUAUUGUCUGAUUUUUUUGGGAAUGUAAUGAUAUCUAAAGUCAUAGUAACGAUGUCUAAACAUCCUCGUGCUCUUCCUAGAACAGUCGUGUGAAGACGAUUGAAGAUGAUUUUCAGACUUCACAGCACAUUGGUUUGGAUUACUGUUGUUUGGAUCCGAGAUGAAGUUUCAUCUACAAAUGAAAUGCUGUCCUCUGGUGUUUUCAGGAAGGCGGUUUCCGGAGUUAAUAGGAGGACACCUCCGAUUGGUUAUAAUCUCCACCUGUUCCAGAUAAAAGGCCUGUCUGGAUCCCUGAUUGUGGCCUCUUUGCCUCUUGUGCAAUUGUGUUUGCUUUGUGUUCAUUGCAUUGUCUAUUUGUAUGCUAUAUUCUCUGAAUGUUAACCCUUUUCAGUCAUUUUUGAUUGUCCCAUCUUAGAGAGAAAGUUUGUAUUCCGAGUGUGUUGAGCUUGUGAGUUUUGUUUUGGUUUAUGUUUAUUAUUUCAACUGGUUGUGCUUGACCCAUGCCUGAUAUAGACUACGAUUACAGACUCUGUUUUGACUUGUUAGCCAGCCAAUUUCAUUAUACACCUUUUCCCAAAACAUGGUGACAAGGUAUGUAGGGGGAGCAACGCCAGUUAUUUUCGAAACUUUUAUUAUAUUGUUUUUGUGAGCGGGAGUUUGGUAAGAAGAAAUGUAUGGGGUUUUUUUUCUCCAUUUUUCAGUUCAGUAAGAGAGAGAGACAGGUGUUUGGAAGAUUGUUCUGUUUAUUAUUUUGGCCUUGUCCUCCUCUGAAGCCUAAAAUCCUUGUCCACCCUUAAAUAAAAGAUUGUGAAUUAUAACAUCUCUGUAUAAAGACAUCCAUUUACCCAUUCUGUUUCGAUCGUCCCCUUGACGGUUGUAACAGGUGUUUAAGGCACCAUUUGCUGGUGAUUGCAGUGGGUCUGAUCAACCUGCUGUUCUUACCUUCCCUGUGAGUGGGAAACAUUCUGUUGCACAAAAUUCAAAUAACAGUUGGUCUGAGUCCAGUGUGUUUUAUCCUGUAGUCAAAAUUUGUGAAGUUCAGGGAGGAUGAUGUAACUGGUAUAAAUAUUACUGUGACUGGAUUUUUGUUUUGAGUUUUCCUUUUCUCUAAUUUAUGUAUUUCUGUAAUAAAGUUUUUUUUUCUUUUUUUUAUAUAUUAAUGUUACAUUUUGUACAUUCAAGAUAAAGUGAUAAACUUCACAAAAUUUUGUUUUUAUCAUUUUUGUUUAAAUAUAUAAAAAUGUAGAGCAACUUUUCUUUGAGUAUUUGUUUGGUGAGUAAGUGGCAUCAGCUGGACACAUCCGGGUGUUUCUCAUCAUACGUCAUGUUUUUGGCGUCAGUCACACUAUACGAGGCUGGUGGACGCAUGCGCUCUGAGGUCCUUCCUGUACACAACACUGUGUAUAUCAGAGUUGGAGGAGCUGCUACUCCGUUCGAUCUGAUGAUUUCUCCUUAUUAACAGAUUAAAAGUGCCAGAUCUCAUCGCUGAGUAGUUCAUGUGGGUGACGGUGUUUGUUCCAGACACGCUACAUUAGGACUUGAACAGAUUUCCAGUCCAUCCUGCAGGGUGCGGCGCUGAUACUUUGACCGUGUUUCUGUAAAGAACAUCUGGAUUAAAUAACAUGUAUUAGUGAAAUUUAUUUUUAUAGCUGGAUUAACCGCAGUUUUACAAACCUGGACGGACACCGACAUAAGAACAGAUUUAAUCUUUUUUUAACUUUAUAAUCCUCCGAAUGUUCAUACCAGACAACUGGACCAGGCCUGAAGACCUUCUGUCUGUAGUCACCGUUUAAUGUUGGAGAUUCUACAGACAAGAAACUUCACAGAAUCUUUAAGUAAUCAGACUGAAAUAAAGAGAAAGUAAAAGCUUCCUGCAGUCAUGAUGCUGUAACACGAAACAGAUGGCAGCAGGACAUUAAAUUCACACUGGAAAUGUUCUUCUGUCUCUCAGAAAAUCUGCCAACACUCCACAAGAGUCUUCCAGACAUCAUGUCCCUCCUUUAUAUUUCCAUCUUAUGGGUCUGUGCCUGUGUGGACAGUGCAGAAUCUCUGGUUACUGUAUCAGCUCAAGUGGGUUCCACAGUCAUCCUGCCGUGUAAAGUGCCUGAAGAGUUCAAACAAACAUCAAAUAUUACGUGGCAGUUUAAUAAUGACCGUGUGUUUGAGAGAAGCAGUAAUGUUACAUAUUCAGGAUCAGGAUAUGAAGGACGUGUGGAUGUUCCUGUGGACGAGCUGCGUAAAGGAAACUGUUCCCUGGUGUUGAAGAACGUCAGAUUUACUGAUGACCAAAUCUACAAAUCCUUUAUAAUGGUGCAUGUGGAAAAUAACACUGGGGAAGCGAAAGAAAUUAACAGUGUUACACUCUCAGUCUAUGCUCUUCAGAUAUCAGCUCCAGUGGGUUCCACAGUUGUCCUGCCGUGUGAUUGGAGUCAUCUGUCCAUCAAAACUCCUCAUGUUAAGUGGUUUAUCGAUUCUGAGACUGUGUUUGAGCGAAAGGGUAAAGAUGUAAAUCAGAGUCAAGGAUAUAAGGAUCGUGUGGACGUUCCUGAGGACGAGCUGCUUAAAGGAAACUGUUCCUUGGUGAUGAAGAACAUCAGUGUUUAUGAUGCAGGAAUCUACAGCAGCUCCAUGAUGAAUGACACAGAGGUCUUGGUCCAGAAGGUUAAACUGUCAGUUGUUGAGAACAGUGUUAAUGAGACUCGUUCUUCAUCUGAGGACUCAGACCAGACUGGACGGAAAAACUGGAUAAUUCUAUAUGUUGGGAUCGUAAUCGUCAUCAUCAUCAUCAUCUGUGUGUCUGUGUACUACAGGAGGGUGAAAGGUCUCAGACGUGCCACUGACUCCACUGAACAGGUGGGGAGUUUACAGAAACAUGGCAACCCUCCCUGCCUACUUUGGGUCACUGUCAUUUUAAAGGAUGGAAACAGACAUCAUCACAGUGUUCAGUACAACACAACGUCCGACAGUGUGAUGUACACAACAGUCAACACACAAACACAGAGUUAAUGACCAACACAAGAUGGUCUGCUCUGAUCUCAUCAUGGAUUUCAGAUCAUCUUAAACUUCAUCCCUGAGCCACUGAGCUGAUGUUCAUCUCUGGAGCUUCAUCACCAUGUCAGGAUCUUCUGAUUUACUGCAGAACUCUCAGAUCACACAUCAUGGACCAUCAGUUACUCUUCUAUCUAACCUGACUUGGUCUUGGUCAUGUGAUGUUAAACUAAAUAAUUAACUGUGAACAGCUUUAAUUUUUACAUUUAUAUUUUUAUUUGUUGUUUUAUUUUGAUGUGGUUUGUUUGCAGCAGUGGACACAGUAUGUACAAUUGCUGAAGUCAUGUGCAGGAACUUUGUAGUUGAGGAGGAACCUGGGUUCAGCUCCUCUCAGUAAUAUAAAUUAAUAUCAUGUACUGUUACUGAAGUUUUAUUACAGGGGUGUUUUUUUUUUUUUUACUAAAUCUUUACUUUUUUAAAAUAUAAUAAGAAGAAAUAAUAGUAUGCGUGCAUGAGUGUGUGCAAGUGUGUGUGUGAGAGAGAGUGUGUACUGCAUAGGAGAUAGGUGCUAGUGGCUAACAGAUUUAGAAGAUGAAGCCUUUAUUUUUGUCACAUCUCCAUUACUUUUUACUUCUUUGAGUACUGGAACUGAUGCUGUUUUGGCCUGUAUGCAUAUUUUACAGUGAAAAACGUAUUUAAGAAAUACUUGAUGGGAGUAAAAUGGUACAUGUCUUAUGGUUGUUUAAUAUAUUGAUUAUAUGAAGCCCCAUUAAAUGUAGAAUUUAUAUGUAAAUAUUUACAGUAAACAAUAUUUAUUAUUUUAUCAAUAAGAAAUAUUCUUCAUUCUUCACUGACAGUAUUGUCUGAUUUUUUUGGGAAUGUAAUGAUAUCUAAAGUCAUAGUAACGAUGUCUAAACAUCCUCGUGCUCUUCCUAGAACAGUCGUGUGAAGACGA